AUGACCUGUGCUAUCCGCGAGGGGGCGGAGGGCAAAAUCUGGUCACGCUUAGACUACUUCCGCAGUAUGAAGCGUAAGCGUAAGAAGGACAGCAUCAAAGUAGCUGUGCUGGGAUGCAUGGCGGAACGGCUGAAGGAGUCGUUGCUGAGCAGUGGCAAGCAGGUGGAUAUAGUCGUAGGCCCCGAUGCGUACAG